AUGAGAUAUAUCCAGCAAUUUAAAAAUUCAUUUCUGUUGGAUAUAUUGGAAAUAUGUAAUAUUAUCAACGUUCAUGAAGAGCCAAAUACACAGGAAGAGAUACUAGCGAGACACUUAGCUAAUCUAUCGGCAAAUGAUGCUACACCAAAGAUGAAUUACAAUUUGAAUAGAGUACAUACCAAUGCUACAGCACCCACAGCAAUAUAUACUAAGCAAAAUGAAGAAUGUUCUGAUGGAGACGGAGAUCUAGAAUCGGGUACUUGUAAUAACAAAAUGGUUACACAUGUUGAACCUGAAAAUGAUAAUGACGAUGACGUAAUUUCCCAAAAUAAAUCUGACGCUUGUCAAUCAUUUGUUCAAGAGGUCGAUUCCAAGAAUUCAAUUAUAAAUGAAAAUAAAGAAUCUUUAAGUAGCACAUAUUCUAUGAAAGAUCCCUUUCUAGUGACUUGGCAUGGACCAGAUGAUCCAGAUAAUCCCAUGAAUUGGUCAUUUGCCAUGAAAUUUUUCAUGACUUUCCAGAUCAUGACUUUAACUUGUGUCACUUAUAUGGGUUCUACUAUUCAUACUCCGGGACAGGAGCAGAUACAAGAAGAAUUUCAUGUUGGACAUGUUGUGGGGACAUUAAAUUUAUCUGUUUACGUUCUUGGUUACGGUGUGGGCCCAAUGUUUUUUUCUCCUUUAUCAGAAUUUGCAAGAUUGGGACGCCAACAAAUUUAUAUUCUAACUUUCAUGAUAUUUGGCCUUUUCCAAGUAGGUUGUGCUCUAGUUGAUAAUAUUUAUGGGUUAAUCAUCUUAAGAUUCUUUUCUGGCGUAGUAUCAUCUCCAGCAUUAACAACAGGUGGUGCUACUUUAGCUGAUUAUAUUAAUGAAGAAAAAUUAACUUAUUUCUUGGGUCUUUGGGCCAUUGCUGCAUUUGCAGCUCCUAUCAUUGGACCCAUCGUAGGUGCAGCUAUGGUAGAUGCAGUGGAUUGGAGAUGGCAAUUCUGGCUAUUAUUGUUCGUCACAGGAGCUUGCCUUCUAGUAUUGGCUCCAUUCUUUCCUGAAACUCAAGCUGAAAAUAUUUUAUUUCGUCGUGCCUUAAGAUUAAGAAAAAUCACUGGUGAUAAAAGAUAUUAUACUAUUGAAAGUGAAGAAGAAAAAAAACUAACUACCAAGGAAUUUUUAAUAAACUCCUUAUACAAACCUUUUAGAAUUAUAUUUUAUGAACCCAUUGCAGUAGCAUUCGAUUUAUAUCUGGCCGUUUGUUAUGCUUUGUUUUAUCUAUUUUUCGAGGCUUUCCCGAUUGUAUUUGUUGGUUUAUACGAUUUUACCCUGGUAGAAUUAGGUCUUGCUUAUCUAGGUUUCAUUGUUACAGAUAUUUUUGCUUAUUUGGUUUUAAUAUAUUUUACAAUUAAAGUUAUCAAUCCAACUUUCCAAAAUGGAACUUUCACGCCAGAAGUAUUUUUAAUUCUACCAAUGUGCGUUAGUUGGCUAUUACCUGUAGCAUUAUUUUUCUUCGGUUGGACUGCUGGAGUUCAUUGGAUGUUACCUAUUGUUUCAGAAUUUUUCUUUGACGUCUGUGUUUUUAACUUAUUCCAAUCUACUUACGCUUAUUUGGCAUCUUGUUAUCCGAGAUAUGUGGCGUCUGUUUUCGCUGGUAAUGGAUUCUGUCAUGCUGCCUUGGCUGCAGGGUUUCCACUAUUUGGGAAAGCAAUGUUCAAUAAUCUUGGGUCAGAAAAAUAUCCUGUGGGUUGGGGCUGCUCUUUAUUAGGAUUCAUUACUCUUGGGUUGGCAACUAUUCCUUUCGUAAUUUAUAAAUAUGGGCCUUAUUUGAGAAGUAAAUCAAAAUUUUCCGGUUGA